UAUACAUGAGUAAUGACGUCACCAUCGGAGCAGCUUAUGAAACAUACAUCCGCUAGAUUGGGCGUGUUAUUCCAAACCAAACGUUCGUCGUGUGAUUCGAUCGAGAGAGCCGUCUAUCGUAAAAGUAUUUAAUACAAAUCAAUUCCGUCCUUACAACGUGUCAACGUAUUAAAAUACUAAAGAUUAUAACAAAGCUGUGUUCAAUUUAUUAUGAAAUAUAAUAAUAAAUCUACAAAUUGUAGAGUAUAAUUUCUGAUAGAAACGAAAGAGAAGAAAGACACAAAACACGAAGAGAAGGAAGGUGCGAGAAGAUGCCAGGUGUUCAUUGAAGCUACCACAAAGUGUUUUAUAAAAAGUGCCUUUAGAUUUAAAAAAUAUGAUUACUCUUCCUCGCGCGAUGAUGCCGAUUAUCGUCGCUUCCUGGUUGUACUACCUUUUGGGCGUUGUCGUGGUCGGUCAGUACGAAUGGCAGACUCGCGACGCCUUCGACGAGAUUCGCAUGCGAAUGGACAAGGUGUACGAGGACAACUGUCAGAUUCAGCACCUCGGGGAUCUGUAUCUGCCGGAGGACGCGGUGUCACAUCUGCCCGACAUCAAGGACAUCAAUAUCAAUCCGGUGUUUCCGAAUCGCACCGCUCUCUUGCAUCUGCACAACAUGGCCCUUAGCAGAAGCUUCUUCUGGAGUUACAUACUUCAGUCGCGUUUCAUCCGACCGGCGAUCAAUGACACUUACGAUCCGGGCAUGAUGUACUACUUUCUGUCCACGGUGGCAGAUAUCUCCUCCAAUCCUUACAUCAACGCCUCGGCCAUUUACUUCUCGCCCAAUAUGUCCUAUUCUCCGUCCUACAGGGGUUUCUUCAAUAAAACCUUUCCCAGAUUUGCACCGCGAACCUUCAGAGCGGAUGACUUCAAUGAUCCUAUACAUUUGGAGAGGAUAUCCACCAGGAAUACAUUCACAGUACAAGAUUUAGGAGCAUUUCCCACUACCAGACUCAGCGAUGACUACACUACUGAUUUCUAUCGUAUAAACGAAUGGUACAAGAAAUGGUUACCGGAUAAUGUGGAGAAAAGACACGAUACUAAAACAACUUAUCAAGUUGAAAUUCGUUAUGCUAAUAAUACAAAUGAAACAUUUACUUUCCAUGGUCCACCUGGUGCCGAUGAAUAUCCUGGACCUGUAAAAUGGACAAGGCCAUAUUUCGAUUGCGGUCGAUCAAAUAGAUGGAUUGUGGCUGCAGUAUCACCUAUAGCAGAUAUUUAUCCACGGCAUACUGGUUUCAGACAUAUUGAAUAUCCAACGUAUACUGCUGUCUCUGUGAUGGAAAUGGACUUUGACAGAAUAGAUAUAAAUCAAUGUCCCAAAGGUAAAGGGAACAGUGGUCCUAAUAGAUUUGCCAAUACUGCAAGAUGCAAAACUGAUACUACAGAGUGCGAGCCAAUACAUGGUUGGGGCUUUAGAAGAGGGGGAUAUCAAUGUAGAUGUAGACCUGGUUACAGACUACCGACUGUCAUACGACGACCUUUCCUUGGAGAAAUAGUGGAGAGAGCAACGCAAGAACAAUAUUAUAAUGGUUUUGAUUGUUCGCGAAUUGGUUGGAUUCAUAAAAUGCCAGUGCAAUGGGAAAAAGCGAAACCAUAUAUUAGAGAAAAAUAUCUCGAACAGUAUCAUCACUAUAGGAAUCAUUCCACUGGUCCGGCCUCACUUCACGAUACAAAGAUGAACAUUGAUCAAGUUCUCAAAUUUAUCUUGAGCAUGAAUUCGAGAACUUGCAAGAAUUACGCACCACAGGAUUUAGUAUUACGCGGUGACAUUAGUUUCGGUGCGGAAGAAUUUUUUGAAAAUGAAGCAAAAAUGGCGACCAGAUUGGCAAACUUCAUCAGUGCAUUUAUGCAAAUAUCCGAUCCCCAAGAAGUAUAUUCGGGGAAAAGAGUAGCCGACAGACCGCUAACGGAAGAUCAAAUGAUAGGAGAAACUUUAGCCCUAAUACUUGGCGAUACAAAGAUAUGGUCGGCCAGUGUUUUUUGGGAUCGUAAUAAAUUUACUAAUAGGACAUUCUUUGCCCCAUAUGCUUACAAGACUCAAUUAAAUACACGUAAAUUUAAACUCGAAGACUUAGCCAGACUUAAUGAUACAGAUGAAGUAUAUACGAAGAAAAGUUACUUCCGAAUAUUAAAGCAACGUUGGGCGACAAACUUUGAUCAGUUGGAAAAAUAUUAUAUGAAGAUAAAAAUUCGAUUCAACGAAACUGGAGAGCACCUAAAAAAGUUUGAACACUACCCAAAUUUUUACAGGGCAGCAAACUUAGACCAUGGACACUGGACAACUCCAUAUUUUGAUUGUAAUGGCAAGGUGAAGAAGUGGGUAAUUACCUAUGCAUCCCCCUUUUUCGGCUGGGAUAGCUUGAAGGAGAAACUGGAAUUUAAAGGUAUUGUAGCUGUUACUAUGGACUUACUUCAAGUAGAUAUAAAUCAAUGUGAUGAUAAAUUUUACCGACCUAACGCAUUCAAAGAUACGCACAAAUGUGAUAGGAAGACGUCAUAUUGUGUACCUAUUCUUGGAAGAGGAUUCGAGACAGGUGGAUAUAAAUGUGAAUGUAAGCAAGGCUUUGAAUAUCCAUUUGAAGAUUUAAUUACAUAUUAUGAUGGACAAUUAGUCGAAGCUGAAUUUAAUAAUAUUGUAGCUGAUAAAGAAACCAGGUAUGAUAUGUUUAAAUGUCGAUUAGCUGGUGCUUCGUCAAUUCAAGCCAAUUGGGUAUUAUUAUUGUACAUAUUAAUUUUAACAAUAUUUUUGCAAAUUCAAAGAAGAUAAAUAUUAUAUAUAUGUAUAUAUAUAUGUACACACACAUAUUCAUCAUAUUUUGCUUAAGUAUUACACAUGUGACACUUAAUUAUUUUUUAGUUAAUAAAAUUAUAAAAAAAUUCUUUAAAUAAAAAUUGUUCUGAAGAUUAUUAAAAAUAUUUACACAUGGUGUUUAGAAAAAGGGUUAAAUUUUAAAGGCACAUGUACCUAUUAUAAGGAUUACAAAAAGUGUCAUAUUUUAUUAAGUCAUAGAUUUUUUGAAACAAUUUUUAUUCAAGAAAGAAUUUUCUUAUAACUAUUAGAGUAAAACGAUAAUUGUGUUUAAAUAAAACACUCACAUACUUCAUAAAACACAAGAUUUUGUAAACCAAGAUUAUUGUUACAUUUCUGUAUCAACAAGUACAAUAUUUAUGCCGUCCAUUAUAUAAAUAUAAGCUAAGUUAAUAUCACUAAAAAUAGAUAGAUGAAAAGAUUAUAAAUUAAGUUUUUGAAUACACUUUUGUAACGCCAAUAAUAAAUAAUAACUUGUUACAUUUUUA